UCAACUUGAGGAACCAAAUGAAGUGGAUGGUUCAGCCAAGUGCGCGAGAGCUCGCCGUACCUUCCGCACUCCGCACCUGCGGGCGGGCUACCACUAAAUUCCCCCUGUCGCGGAGCCACGUUUACCAUUUUGAAAGAGACAGACAACAUUGUGAACGCGCCUUUAUUCCUACGCACAGUUUACCUCGAGCAGUCAAGAGGCGUCCAAUUUGAUGAUGAGCAGCCCUUGAGUUCGUCAUUCUCCGCCUCACGACUUGCAAUCCGCCGACAUGGCGUCCCCUUCUAUGCUCACAAAGUUCGAGAGCAAGAGCAGUCGAGCGAAAGGCCUAGCAUUCCACCCGAAGCGACCAUGGAUCCUCGUCAGCUUGCACAGCAGCACUAUUCAGCUAUGGGACUACAGGAUGGGCACCUUGAUAGACCGCUUCGAGGAACACGAUGGACCAGUCCGCGGCAUUGAUUUCCACAAGACACAACCUCUCUUCGUUUCUGGUGGAGACGACUAUAAGAUCAAAGUAUGGUCCUACCAAACCAGAAGAUGUCUCUUCACUCUCAACGGUCACCUCGACUACGUUCGAACUGUCUUCUUUCACCAUGAACUACCAUGGAUAUUGUCGGCCUCGGAUGAUCAGACAAUUAGAAUUUGGAACUGGCAAAACCGGUCGCUAAUCUGCACAAUGACUGGUCACAAUCACUAUGCCAUGUGCGCACAAUUCCAUCCCAAAGAAGACCUCAUCGUAUCGGCCUCCCUAGAUCAGUCCGUUCGAGUAUGGGAUAUCUCGGGUUUGCGCAAGAAGCAGUCCGCUCCGACUUCCAUGAACUUCGAGGAGCAGAUGGCACGAGCAAACCAACAACAAGCUGACAUGUUCGGAAACACCGAUGCCGUGGUCAAAUUCGUCCUUGAGGGUCACGAUCGUGGCGUGAACUGGGUCGCAUUCCACCCUACCCUGCCAUUGAUCGUAUCAGCUGGUGAUGAUCGCCUGGUAAAACUGUGGAGAAUGAGCGAGACAAAAGCAUGGGAAGUCGAUACAUGUCGUGGGCAUUUCCAAAACGUGUCCGCGUGUCUGUUCCAUCCACACCAAGACCUUAUCUUGUCCGUCGGCGAAGACAAGACAGUUCGAGUAUGGGAUCUGAACAAGAGAACGUCCGUCCAAUCUUUCAAACGAGAGAAUGAUCGCUUCUGGGUCAUCGCCGCACACCCUGAAAUCAAUUUAUUCGCUGCUGGACAUGACAAUGGAGUUAUGGUCUUCAAGCUUGAACGGGAGCGACCUGCGUCCUCGAUGUAUCAGAAUCAGCUGUUUUACAUUACCAAGGACAAGCAUGUCCGAUCAUACGACUUCACCAAGAAUGUCGAAUCACCAUCAUUGCUAUCGCUUAGGAAGUUUGGCAGCAACUGGGUACCUCCCCGUACAAUCUCCUACAAUCCUGCUGAACGUUCGAUCCUCGUCACAUCGCCUUCAGACGGUGGCACUUACGAAUUGAUCGUUCUUCCACGGGAUGGCACUGGCGCGUCAGACCCGACAGACGUCAAGCGUGGUUCAGGAAAUGCUGCGGUCUUCGUCGCCAGGAACCGUUUUGCCGUUUACAAUUCAUCGACACAGCUCGUCGAGAUCAAGGACUUGAGCAACUCAACCACAAAGUCCUUCAAAGCUCCGGCUGGCACGACCGACGUCACAUAUGGUGGCACUGGGUGUCUGCUUCUGCUGACACCAACCAAUGUCGUUCUCUAUGACAUUCAACAGAAGAAACAGUUGGCCGAGCUUGGCGUGACCGGAGUGAAGUAUGUGUCGUGGUCAAAUGAUGGGCUGUAUGCAGCUUUGCUCAGCAAGCAUAAUGUCACCAUUGUCAACAAGUCUCUCGAGCAAGUCAGCACCUUACACGAAACCAUAAGAAUCAAAAGCGCCACGUGGGACGACUCCGGGGUUCUCCUCUAUUCCACCCUCAACCACAUCAAGUACACCCUGCUCAAUGGCGACAACGGCAUUGUCAGAACACUUGAUCAGACAGUCUAUCUAGUCAAGGUCAAGGGUCGCAAUGUUUACUGUCUCGAUCGGGCUGCCAAACCAAAAAUCCUCAACGUCGACCCCACAGAAUAUCGCUUCAAGUUAAGCCUAGUCAAGCGCAACUACGACGAAAUGCUUCAGAUCAUCAAAAACUCCACUCUCGUUGGGCAGAGCAUCAUCUCUUACCUCCAGAAGAAGGGUUACCCCGAGAUUGCUUUGCAGUUCGUACAGGAUCCUCAGACAAGAUUUGAGCUUGCGAUUGAGUGCGGCAACCUGGAGGUUGCCACCGAAAUGGCGAAAGAGCUUGACAGACCGAAGAUCUGGACACGUCUAGGUGCUGAAGCAUUGAUCCACGGCAACCACCAAACCGUUGAGAUGACCUACCAGAAAUUACGCAACUUCGAUAAAUUGUCGUUCUUGUAUUUGUGUACGGGUGAUGAAGAGAAGCUGACGAGGAUGGCCAAAAUCGCAGAACAUCGUGGAGAUUUUGUCUCAAGGUUCCAAAAUGCUCUUUAUCUGGGCGAUGUGGAGAGCCGCAUACAAAUGUUCAAGGAGAUCGAUCUAUACCCACUUGCUUAUCUGACUGCAAAAUCACACGGCCUGACAGAAGAAUGCCAGUCUAUCCUCGAGCUUUCCGGUCUGACAGAAGACCAAAUUUCCAUGCCGGAGUCUGGGCAAAGCCUUACAACCCCGAAAGUCAUCGUUCCGACAUACAAGGCAAAUUGGCCUGUCAAGGAAGCAUCACAUUCGUCAUUCGAGAAGGCGCUACUUGGUGAAGUCGGCGUGGGCGGUGAGGACGAAGCAACACCUGAUCUGUUGAAUGAGGACCUCCCUGUGACUGCAGACGGGAAUGGAUUGGCCGCCGCAGAGGAUGACGCCGACGCUGUCGAAGGUUGGGACAUGGGAGACGACAUUGGACUCGAAGCCGCUGGAAAUGAUUCAGAAUACGUCAACGUCGACAAUCCUGAUGUCCCUGCCGAGGCUGCCGGACCUGGAAGCUCAGAAGCUGAUAUGUGGGCUAGAAACUCUCCUCUUGCGGCCGACCACGUCGCUGCUGGGUCUUUCGAAAGUGCCAUGCAGUUGAUGAACCGCCAAGUGGGAGCUGUCAACUUCGCCCCUCUCAAACCGAGGUUUUUGGAAAUCUACCAAGCCUCAAAGACGUAUCUACCCGCCAAUGCUGGACUGCCCCCCAUCUUGAACUAUGUGCGCCGCAACAUCGAUGAGACGGACAACCGAAAGCUAUUACCCGUUAUCCCCGCAACCCUGGAGACUUUGAGCAACACUGACUUGCAAGAGGGUUACAUUGCCAUGCGGACGAACAAGUUAGAAAAUGGUGUGGCUACCUUCAAGAACAUUCUGCAGUCUCUCCUUGUCAAUGUUGUGGGCUCCGAGGCGCAAGUCGACGAAGCCAAGGCACUCAUCGCCAAGUCCAUGGAAUACACUCUUGCUAUGAGUAUCGAGCUUGAAAGACGCCAACUCGCAGCCACGGGUGGAGAUUCAGAAGAACAACUGAAGCGACAAUUGGAACUUUCAGCUUAUUUCACCGUCCCUAAGAUGGACGUUUCCCACCGACAACUGGCCCUAAUGGCCGCCAUGAAGUUAGCUUUCUCUAACAAGCAAUUUUCGAGUGCUUUAUCGUUUGCCAAUCGCGUACUGGCCAACGGUGGUGCGCCGAAAUUGGUUGAACAGGCAAAGAAAGUCAAGCAACAAGCAGAACGAUCUGGCUCCAGCGACAAGAUUGAUAUCGAGUACGACCAGUUUGCCGAGUUCGACAUAUGCGCAGCUUCGUAUACUCCCAUAUACACUGGUGCGCAGAGUGUUUCAUGCCCACUCGAUGGUGCAAAAUACCAGAGCCAGUACAAAGGACAGGUCUGCAAGAUUUGCGAGGUGUGCGAGAUUGGUGCUGCAGCCAGCGGUUUGAGGCUUUGGGUUCGCGGGUUGUGAGGCCAUGAGUGAGCCCACAGGCUAGUGAGGCUAUGCUUAGAUAAUCUGUAUGGAGAGGUUCGGUGCAAAAUAGGUCUGCUUGAAUGGAUCACUGCCUGCAGGGUAAGAGCAUAGGCGCCACAUGGUUGUCUAUCAGCAAUAAAAAUGUCAUUUGCGGCUCAACGGGCCUGGGCGUCCACCUCAAUGAAAGACUUUGCUUGAAGCUGAUUA